UGCGCGCUCAGAGGCUCCAGCAGCGGAGACGAGAGGACUGUUUUAUCUGUUUACCUGUGGCACAAUAACUUUAUCUGCUUUAUAAUAACCAGUGGAGGAUACCGUCAGCUGCUGCCGUGUGUGUGAAGCCGUCUGAAGACUUGCUAAAAUGCACGUAGUCAAGCGAGAUGGGCGCCAGGAGCGUGUCACGUUCGAUAAAAUCACCUGUCGCAUCCAGAAACUUUGUUAUGGGCUCAAUUCUGACUUUGUGGAUCCAACCCAGAUUACAAUGAAGGUGAUCCAGGGUCUGUACAGCGGAGUCACCACUGUCGAGCUGGACACUCUGGCAGCAGAGAUCGCCGCCACCCUCACCACUAAACAUCCUGACUAUGCCAUCCUGGCUGCACGCAUCGCCGUCUCUAACCUGCACAAAGAGACCAAGAAAGUCUUCAGCGAUGUGAUGGAGGACCUGUACAACUAUGUCAACCCCUUAAGUAAACGCCACUCUCCCAUGAUCUCCAAGGAAACCCUCGACAUUGUCCUUGAAAAUAAGGAUCGUCUCAACUCGGCGAUCAUUUAUGACAGAGACUUCUCCUACAACUUCUUUGGAUUUAAGACGCUUGAGCGGUCCUACUUGUUGAAGAUUAACGGCAAAGUUGCUGAGAGACCCCAGCACAUGCUCAUGAGAGUGUCUGUUGGAAUUCAUAAAAGAGACAUUGAGGCGGCCAUUGAGACGUACAACCUGCUGUCCGAGAAGUGGUUCACCCAUGCCUCCCCUACACUGUUCAACGCUGGUACCAGCAGGCCACAGCUGUCAAGUUGUUUCUUGCUGGCCAUGAGGGAUGACAGCAUUGAAGGCAUUUAUGACACACUGAAGCAGUGUGCCCUCAUCUCCAAAUCAGCUGGAGGUAUUGGAGUGGCAGUCAGCUGCAUCAGAGCAACAGGCAGCUACAUUGCUGGGACAAAUGGCUGUUCCAACGGUCUGGUCCCGAUGCUCCGAGUCUACAACAACACAGCACGUUAUGUUGACCAGGGGGGCAACAAGAGACCUGGAGCCUUUGCCAUGUACCUGGAGCCGUGGCAUUUCGAUGUGUUUGACUUCUUGGAGUUGAAGAAGAACACGGGGAAAGAGGAGCAGAGGGCCAGAGACCUGUUCUAUGGCAUGUGGAUCCCUGACCUCUUCAUGAAACGAGUGGAAAGCAACCAGGAUUGGUCUCUGAUGUGCCCAGAUGACUGCCCCGGGCUGAAUGAAUGCUGGGGAGAGGAGUUUGAGAAGCUCUACACAAGAUACGAGCAGGAGGGCAGGGCGAAGCGUGUGGUGAAGGCCCAGCAGCUGUGGUAUGCAAUCAUUGAGUCCCAGACUGAAACGGGCACACCGUACAUGCUCUAUAAGGAUGCCUGCAAUAGGAAGAGCAACCAGCAGAAUCUGGGCACCAUCAAAUGCAGCAAUCUGUGCACAGAGAUAGUCGAGUACACCAGCAAAGAUGAGGUUGCGGUGUGUAACCUGGCUUCCAUCGCCCUCAACAUGUACGUCACCCCUGACAGGACCUAUGACUUUAAGAGGCUGGCAUACGUCACCAAGGUCAUCGUCAAGAACCUGAACAAGAUCAUCGACAUCAACUACUACCCAGUGCCCGAGGCUAAGAAUUCAAACAUGCGUCACAGGCCAAUUGGAAUUGGUGUCCAGGGUUUGGCCGAUGCCUUCAUCCUGAUGCGUUACCCGUUUGAAAGUCCAGAGGCCCAGCUGCUCAACACUCAGAUCUUUGAGACUAUCUACUACGCUGCCCUGGAGUCCAGCUGUGAGCUGGCAGCUGAGCAUGGCACUUAUGAAACCUACCAGGGCUCUCCUGUCAGCAAGGGAAUCCUUCAGUAUGACAUGUGGGAGAAAACCCCAACAGAUUUGUGGGACUGGAAAGCACUGAAGGAGAAAAUUGCCAAGCACGGUGUGAGGAACAGUCUUCUGUUGGCCCCGAUGCCCACAGCUUCCACAGCCCAGAUUUUGGGCAACAACGAGUCCAUUGAGGCCUACACCAGCAACAUCUACACCCGCAGGGUCCUCUCAGGAGAGUUUCAGAUAGUGAACCCUCACCUUCUGAAAGACCUAACAGAAAGAGGAUUGUGGAAUGAGGAGAUGAAGAACAAGCUGAUUGCCCAUAAUGGGUCUAUCCAGGACAUUGAAGAGAUCCCAGAUGAUCUGAAGCAGCUGUAUAAAACUGUGUGGGAAAUCUCCCAGAAGACUGUACUCAAGAUGGCAGCAGACCGUGGCGCCUUCAUUGACCAGAGUCAGUCCCUAAACAUCCACAUUGCAGAGCCAAACUAUGGCAAACUGACCAGCAUGCAUUUCUAUGGCUGGAAGCUGGGCCUGAAAACUGGCAUGUACUACCUGCGGACCAAGCCUGCAGCCAACCCCAUCCAGUUCACCCUGAACAAGGAGAAAUUAAAGGACACCAAAGAAGCCAAGACCGAGGAGGAGAAAACAAAAGAGCGCAACACCGCCGCCAUGGUCUGUUCGCUGGAGAACAGGGACGAGUGCCUGAUGUGUGGCUCCUAAGUGCAGCUCCCUCCAACAAACACGCACCCAUGAGCCCAUUUACUUAAUUCAACAUCUUUUUAAAAAAAAUGCUCUAGGACAGACUCAAGCUGCAAUGAAUGGUAGAGGCCUUCUUGUUUGUUUGGUUAUGAUGUCCUGAUAAUAAUACUUUCCUUUGCCGCUGUCACAUCACAAACAUUAUGAGUUCUUUUUAUUAUUAUUUCAUGCAUUAUCUUUGGAGUUUUAUAUAUGCAAGUAUUGUUGAAUUAAUGGAUUAUAAUGAAUUAAUACUUGUUUUAAGUUUUGUUGUGAACACAGUUAUGUAAAUAUGUGGGUCACAAGUUUAAUGAUUUCUGUUUGUAUUUUAGAUGUGUGCAAAAUAAAUUUUUUUUGUUGUGCUUUGAUCUUAA